UAGGGAGUUUAGCUUUCGCCUAGCAAGCGCGUCCCCGCCUAGCGAGCGCGACCCCGCCGGCGGCCACUCUGGCCCCGGGGUUCCCGGCCUCGGCGCCCACCCUCCCUCGCCGGCAGCCACUCGGGCCCCGGCGCCCCCCUUUCGCCUGCGUCGGUUCCGCGCGGGGCUCGCCAAUUGCCAUGGCCUCCGGCUCCGCUAGCCCGGCCUCGGUCUCUUCCAGACCCCAGCCCAUCGUCUCCGGCCUGGGGUUGUUGGCGUCGUCCGGAUCCGGGGAGUUCUCGACCAGGGUUGGAGGUGCACCGGCCGGGGCCAACCCUGGGCCAGCCGCGGGCUCCGCCGUGCCGUGGCGCAAGCCAGGGCCGUCGCGCAAGGCUCUGUGGCGCAAAAGGAAGGCCUUUCGGAAGCAGGCAGCGGCGGGCGGUGCUCGGCCACAUUCGUCGCGCUCCCCGCUUCGUCGCCGGAGCGGAGAGGGAUCCCGGCGGACUUGUUUGGACUCUGCUUCAACUGCUUUCGCGAGGGCCAUCGUCGGGAAGAUUGCUGGUUCCCCCCGCUCUGCAUCCGGUGUGGCCUGGAGGGUCACAUAUCCACGGACUGCAAGCGGCCUCGGAGCCCCAGGUCAGAGGAGGAUCUCCGGCGUGAGGCGGUGGCCAAGGUAGCGCGUGCGUCGCAGCCGUCGAUGCAGGCUGUCACCGGCGACUAGGCAGGCCACACCCUUGGAGAGGCCCUCGUCAGUCCCGGCUGGCACCACACCUGUGGGGUCUGGGCAGGCAUCGGCUGUCACUGUCUCUACCGGGAGUAUCUGCGUGCUCCGUCGGACACAGGAAAUGGAGGAUCUCGAGCAACGCCUGAGGCUGGCGGUGGUGGCCUAUGUGGGAGGCACACGGCCAACGGUGUCUUGCCAGGAGGCUGCGGAAGCCUUGUCGGAGGAGCUGCACAUACCUCGUCACCGUUUCUCUGUUCACAAGUACCACCCUGAGGAUUUCUUGGUUGUUUUUGCGGCGUCGGAGUUGCGCAGCAGAGCUUUGGCAGCGGGCACCGUCGAGCACGGGUUCUUCAAGCUGUUCGUCAAACCGUGGCUCAAGCAAGCUCUAGCGGUUACGAGAGUGAUGCGCACACAAGUGGACAUUAUGAUUGAGGGGAUCCCAUCUUAUGCGUGGACGACCGAGACGGCGGCGGAGAUCCUUGGCUCAUUGUGUCUGGUGGAGAGCUUGGCGCCGGAGACAGAGAACAGAGAGGACUUGUCCCUCUUCAAGCUUCGGGCAUGGUGCAUUGACCCAGACGAGGUGUCGGUGGCCAAGCUUAUCUGGGUGCCAGAACCAGAGGUGUUUGGAGGUCCGGCGGCGCGGCGGCCCACGUCGCGAGCCUUGCUGGAGUACAAGACGCUCGUUCACAUAGGGCGGAUGCGAGAUCAUGAGGGGCCGGAGCGCUGGUUGCGGCCGCCUAGUUCUGAUGGGAGCGGCCAAAGCGGGAUGCCGGAUGACUCCGAGGACUUCUCCGGUCGGGGCGAGUGGCGUGUCUUGCCAUGGACAAGGGGAGUUCGUGAUCACCGCGGUGGGGCGCCGGCAAGCGGAGUGCACGACAAUUCCUAUCUGCAUGCGCUGACAGGAUGCAUCGGGCCGUCUGAAUGGAGGAUUCCACCUAUGGCACGCGGCUCGGCGGCGACGGUGCGCGCGCCGGUGACUGCGGCGACAGGAGCGAGACAGGAGGUUGAGGACACGGCUACGCAUGUGCCACCAGUAGCGCAACGGGAGGUUGAGGAUGAGACCGUACGCGUGCCACCAGAAGCGAGGCUGGCCAUAGAAGAUCCGGGUCGGAGCAGUGGGGCCAGGCCUAUGCCCGAGGCUGCGGUGGCUGAUUCGGUUCUGCGUGUUUUGAUUGGCUCGUUUGAAACGCCUUUUGACCAAGGAGGGACUGGGGAUCACGUGGCCACUAAUGGAGGCAUGCAACUGAUGAUUGCUACUGGGCUGUCUGCGGAUCCCGAGGGAACAGAUAAGGUGCAGGAUGUUGCGGCAUUGGUGGAGCCAAUUCAGGCUAGCGAGGGUGCGGUGCAACAGAACGUGGGAUUGCAGGACCGGCCGGUGGGGACCGCCACAAACCAUCGAGCCGCGGAACCAGAGGAGGAGACUAUGCAGCGAUCCCAUGAGGCGCUGAUGGCCGGCAAAGCAGCAGACGGGUGGGCCCCGGUGACAGAUUUGACGCAGACGGCGACAGAGGAAGGGGAGGUUGUUCCCGGAGAUGAUUCGCCGGACAACGGGGCCACGCUACAGGAGUUGGAGUGCGCUGAUGUGACUACGUCUAGCGCAUGCAUGCAGGAGCAGCUGCAUGGCGCAAAUGACACGUUGGCUAUGGCAUGUGUGGUGGCAACUCAACACCAAGAGGGGCAUCUUUCGGCCAAGGAGAUUGUGGCGCUGGGGAACAUCAAGGCUUUUUGUGCGGGCCUUCUCAAGAAGCUUGCGUCACCUCUUCUUAAGGAGUUCGAGGGUCUGAGAGGCAUCAAAGCGGGCCAGGACCCAUUCACACCACGCCGCACCACUCGGUCCGUUUGCUCUGGUGGCGCCAGGAAGACGAAGGCAUCGACUGCGGAAACAGUACUGCUGAAAACCCUGGGUUUUGACUGCGAUGAUCUGGCGUUCUCCGAGGACGCGCUAGGUUAGCUACAUACGGUCUUCGACUCGCUGCUACAGGAGCCACAAUUGAGGGCUAUAGCGGCCAUUUUCGGGAAGGCAAUACCGCUUAAUCUAGUAGGGGAGAUAGGGAUGACCGAACCCCUUUUGGCGCAGUAGGGGCGUUGGCCGCUGUGGUGUUGGAGUCAUCAUUGCCUGAUGUCGUGCAAUGCCUUGGAGUUAGUGUGUUGGAAUGUUAGAGGUCUUAACAAUCCAGCCAAGAGGAAGGCUCUUAGAGGGUUCGUGGAAUCUAUCCAUGCGGCGAUCGUUUGUAUUUUAGAAACUAAGUUAGAAGUGGUGGACAAGUAUGUAAUCUUGCAAUGCAUGGGACCUAAUUAUGAUGGUUUCACUUA